AUGUUGACCAAGAAGAUCCUGUUCGUACUAGGUGGUCCUGGCGCCGGCAAAGGCACGCAGUGCACGAAGCUCGUGGAGAGGUUUGGCUUUGUUCACUUAUCGGCGGGUGAUCUGCUACGUGAAGAGCGUCAGUCGGGCUCUGCCAAUGGUCAACUCAUCGACAACAUGAUCAAAGAAGGUCAGAUCGUGCCGGUGAUGAUCACGCUCAGUCUGUUGCAGCAGGCGAUGGUCAAGAGCGGCCGCGACCUGUUCCUCAUUGACGGGUUCCCGCGCAACUUUGACAACCUGCAGGGCUGGCAAGAAGCCAUGCCGGAAGACGAGUUCCACGUGGAAGGGGUGCUGUUCUUUGACUGCAACGAGCGGGUCAUGGAGCAGCGACUGCUUGAGCGCGGCAAGACGAGCGGCCGAUCGGACGAUAAUGCCGAGGCCAUCCGCAAGCGCUUUCGCACGUACUUGGACUCGACCAUGCCCGUGAUCCGACACUAUGAGGAUCAGGACAAGGUGUUCAAAGUCGAUGCCACGCGCGAUGUGGACGACGUCUUUGCAGCAACGAGUGCGGUCAUUCAACCCCUUGUCGCCAAGUAG